UGGUGAGUAUGAGCAAAGAGGUGAACAGCGAGUAGGGUUUUUGAGUUUGAGAAUCGAAAUAUGGGUCGCAGCGUGUCACGUUCACGCUCUCCUUCGCGCAGAAGAAGACACUCUCCUUCCCCCGUUUCUCAUCGCCACUCUCGAACCUCAACGUCAAGACGCCGCUCUCCUUCGCACAAGCGCCGCCGAAGGCACAAAACCUCUUCCUCCCCCUCUCCUUCGCGUAGCCCCACUCCCAAGCCUAAAAAAGAUCAUAACAAAAGCAAGCGUCAACAUGAGGAAGAAUUGAAACUAUUAGAAGAAGAGACUGCAAGAAGACUGGAAGAAGCAAUUCGGAAAAAUGUUGAGGAGAAGCUGAACUCAGAGGAAGUCAGGAUAGAAAUAGAAAGGCGUGUAGCAGAGGGAGUGAAUAAAUUGUUUGAUGAAGUUGAAGCUCAACUUGGAAAAGAAAAGGAAGAUGCUCUUACUGAAGCUAGAAGGAAAGAAGAACAAGCUCGUAAAGAAAGAGAAGAGCUGGAUAAGAUGCUUGAAGAGAAUAAAAGGAGAGUGGAAGAAUCUCAGAGAAGAGAAGCUCUAGAGCUGCAAAGAAAGGAGGAGGAACGGCAGAGGGAACUAGAAAUGAUUCAGAGACAGAAAGAAGAGGCUGCUCGGAGAAAGAAGCUGGAGGAGGAAGAAGAACAUGCGAAUCGAAUUAAUUCUUUGGGUAAGAACAAAUCUAGGCCUAAGUCUUAUGGUUUGUGAUAUCAAUUUGUACCCUUGUGUGGAACCAGGAUCUUGAAUGGAAGAUUUGAUACUCCUAUAAUGGAGGUUGCAACAUACUCUUUUGAAAGAUCUAAGAAAAUUGAAAAUGUAAUGUUCUCUUCAAGUAAAUUACUAUGAUGUUGAGGUUUAUUUGCUUUACAUGACGAAAUGACUACCUGUUUAGUUCCUG